UGCCUCCCAUCACUGGUGGAACAGGCGGCCGGAGAUCAAGAUCGUACUCGCAGGCAGAGGUGGAUGAGGCGGUGCUACAGGCACUGAGGGACACAGGAGUACUGUCCAACCCGAACCACCUUCAGUGGAACUGGGACCUCAUUCGUACUCUUCUCAAGUGGCCAGGAUUGACCCUCAAGUCUUGCAAAGAGGAGAUGAUGCACCGGUUUGUACGUCGCCUGCUGCACUUUGUGACUCCAUCUGCGUGUCUCUUCUCACGCGUGGACGUGGCGCUGGAGAGCGGACGCUCCAUCUCCCUCUCCGCCCUGGACCUCACCGUGUUCCUACUGCACUCGGAUGAUGACGGGUCCGCCUACUUAGACGAGCUCCUCAAGGACAUCGUCAAGUGGCUAUCUCUCUGCCCGUCGCUCAGCGGAGGAUCUGAGCGUUGCCUAAGUGCCAGUCCGCUGAUUUCCACGCUGAGCUCCGUCUACCCGCUGAUCCUGGGAUCGCUGACUGCCCACAGCCACGGACUCAGAGCCCUGGAGAAGGCUGGGGUGUUUCAGAUGCUGCUGCGUCUCAGCUCAGAUAAGACUCAGGAGCUCUUGAUGAGGUUGGUGAUCACGGCAUUUGACUACUGCCAAGAUGGACUGGCACGUGUCCUUCUGUCUAAGACACUCACCGGUGGUACAGAGUCCACCCGUGUCUACGCCACGCUCCACCUCCGAGUGCUGCUCCGUAUUGGGGUGGACUUCUUUACGAACUGGGGGGUGGAGCUACUGCUCACCCAGCUACACGACCCUUCACCAAGCGUCGCUCACCACGCACUCACCAUCCUGCACGAGGCCUGUGACGAUAAGGCCAAUCUGCAUGCGCUGGUGCAGAUGAAGCCGGCUCUAUCCCACCUUGGAGAGAGUGGAGCACUCCUGCUGAUACGAUUUGCAUCGAUCUCCAAGGGGUUCAGCUACUUGAACGAACGUGGAUUCAUCACAAAAGAGUUGGAGCGUUGGCGUAGGGAAUACAAUAUCCGCUACGUGGACAUUGUUGAGCAACAUCUGAACGAUGCUUUAACCACCUGGACACGUGGACAUGGAGACACGAGGAGAUCUAACCAGAGGACUCCCCGCCCGUCUGUAUUUCUGCCUCCACACUUCUACGGACAGCUCAGCAACCACAAGACAGGAUCCAGCCUCCUAGAAGCUCAGAUCUUCCCAGCCCUGGUGAAUGACAUCCGCAACAUUUCAGCUUCUUCCUGGGAAGACAUCAAGAGGCUGAAAGCGGCCCUCUGGGCUCUGGUAACUACCACACUAACUAGUACACUAACUAGUACACUAACUAGUACACUAGUACACUAA